AUGGAAACUGACACUUCAUCAGAGAGGAAGCACCACCGAAAGAUAUCGAGGAGCCCACGGUCGCUGAACGAAAUACGCGACGCACAGGGUGGUGCGCAACGAAAACAACGGGAGCACCGCCGUCGUGAGAGAUCGCAAGCAUGGACUGAAUGGACAUGGGCCAAAGAGCGGGCAGACCGAUGGGGCAACAGCAAUCCCGGGUUAGCAAAGCCCACGGCAAGGGGAGCCAAGGGGCAAAAGGAAGCUACCGCAGGAGCCCGCGACGAGAGCCACGUGUGCGGUAGAAAGCUGAACUGUGGCUGCGAGGUAGAGGUGAUAGGUAGUGUCACCGGAUGUGGGACAGGAAAACCUGAGGACUUGCCAGUGGAGUGGGGGCUCGUGGGGGACAAAAGAGUACAAGUACUGCGGGACACAGGCUGCUCAGGCGUGGUUGUCCGGAGGGGGCUAGUGAGAGAAGAGGAGUUGACGGGCAAGACUCGGAAGUAUAUGAUGAUGGACCGCACCAUCAGGAAAGCCCCGUUAGCUAGGGUCUAUAUAAAGACACCAUUCCUCACAGGUGAGGUGGAGGCGCUGUGUUUAGACAGGCCGAUAUAUGACGUGGUCAUCGGGAACGUGAGAUGGUGCCACGUUUCGGUAGGCUGGCGAGCACGAAUGGAGCACCUCGCACGACUGCUCACGGGGCCAACAAAGGCACGACGGCAACCCCUGACCGGGCUCUGA